AUGGCGGCAACACCGGCUACAAAUCCAUCUCAGUUGCUACCACUUGAGUUAGUGGACAAAUGCAUUGGCUCCAGAAUCCACAUCGUCAUGAAAAAUGAUAAGGAGAUUGUCGGCACCUUAUUGGGUUUCGAUGACUUUGUCAACAUGGUGCUGGAGGACGUGACAGAAUUUGAGAUCACACCAGAAGGGAGAAGAAUAACCAAACUGGAUCAAAUUCUACUCAAUGGCAACAACAUCACAAUGUUAAUUCCUGGAGGAGAAGGUCCAGAAGUAUGAGUUUGGAUGGAUCAUCUCACUCAGCAUUUCUUUUUAUGUUAUUUGUUCCUUCCUCCAGAAGAUCUGUGUCUUUGCAACAGUUUUUUUUUUUUUGCUUUUCUUGAGGAAAUUAAAAAUGUAACAUUCAUUUUGUUUUGCUAAUUUCAGUUCUGUACCGUGUACCAUCUUAACCCCUAUGUGGGUUGUAAAAAAAAAAAAAAAUAAUCACAG